GAGGGGGAAAGUGACUUAUCCAAGAUCACACAGCAGGUCUCUGGAGAUAGAUUUGGAAAUCGAGCCGAAUGGACCCCAGAGGCCCUUGCAAUUUCCUCAACCAGGUGCUGGGGAGAGAGUUGAAAAUCACCUUGGUCUGCGGCACCUUUGAAGGGAUUCUGCAGCACGUGGAUCCCAGCAGGAGUAUAGUCCUGAAGAGAGUGAAAAAUGUAGAAACUGGACGGAGCGUUCCUGGAGUGAAGAUGUUUUUUGGGCAUGAGAUUAAGAAUGUGGAAAUGCUCAAUGAAGAAGAGCAAGGUGUAACCAGAGGAACGGGGACUCCCGACAGGUCCAGGGACGGCAGCGGGCCCGCCGAGCAAAUGCACCCGGCCUGGAAAAAGCAAGCGCUCGUUAGGUGGCCAGGAGCCAGGGCCAACCCGGAGGGAACCAGGCCGGACCGACCGAGAGAAUCCGAGCGGAGUCAGGGGGGGCCAACUCCCACUCCCCUGGCGCCAGAGACUGCUCCUCUGCGGUCGCCCUACAAAUACAACCCCGGAGAAGGCGGAGAGGCCGUGGCGUUCACCAUCGUCGACCAGUUCCAGCAGCGGUUCAGCUCGGCCAUGAUGCACAUCAAGAAGCAGAGUGUCCUGAGCGUGGCCGCUGAAGGCGUUCCAAUGAGUCGUCACGGGAUGCUCUGUUGGCUGCAGGUGGCCACGACCACGCGGGUGUAUUUAUUCGACAUCCACCUCCUGGGGCACCGCGCCUUCAAGAACGGCCUCCAGCCGGUGAUGGAGGACCAGGGCGUCCUGAAGGUCAUGCACGACUGCCGGUGGCUCUCGGACUGCCUGGCCCACCAGUACGGGAUCGUCCUGGCCAACGUCUUCGACACCCAGGUGGCCGACGUCCUUCAGUUCUCCCGAGAAACGGGAGGCCACCUCCCUCACCGCCUCAGCACCUUGCAGGACAGCUUGAUGCGCCACCUGAAGCUCCCCGCCAGGCAGGUGGCUUUCCUGGGCGACCGGCAGAGGCUGAUGGAGGAGAACGCCCGGCUGUGGCUGGCGCGGCCCCUCCCUCCGGGCCUGCCCAAGGUGCUGGCGCUGGAGGCCGCCUACCUGCUGCCCCUGCGCCUGGCGCUCCUGGACGGGAUGAUGGCCGACCUGACCGCUGUGGUGGACGGAUACCUCAACGCCUUCCGGGAGAAGCCCGCGCACCUGCUGGGCGGCCUCCAGGCCUCGUGCUUGGAGCUGCCGGAGGAGCUGCGCCAGCUCACGGAGCAGCGGACGCUGCGUCGAGAGCAGGCCGUCAAAGCCUACGGCCUAAACGCCCGGGGCCUCCUCGUCCGCCCCCGGCCCCCGGGGACGGAAGAAGAAGCCGCCGGCGGGCAGCGAGGCCAGCGGCUCCCCAGGGCGGCGGCGGCGGCGGCGGCCUCCUCCCCGCGCCCUGGGCCUCCGGAGGCCGAUGGCUGGCAGAGCCAGGGAGUCGGUUGCCGCCCCAGUAAGCAGCCCCGAGCCAUCCCCCGGCCUCCGCUCCCGACUGCCAAGGCGGAGGCGGGCGCCGGGGAGCCGGGCGGCCCCCCCGAGGGGAAGGAGCCGGCCCGCCCGCCCAGACGUCCCCCUCGCCCCUGUCUGUCCCUGCAGGAGGAGAUCGAGGGCCUUCUGAAGGACCGGGGCCAUGAGUCGGGACGCCCAAGGCCAGGGGCCGCCCGCCGGGCCCUCGGAGCCUCCCCGCCGCCUCCCUCGCCCCCGGCCUGCCCGAGCCCGGAGGAGGUGGGCCCCCGGGGGACCCCCGCCAACCCGGGUCCCCGGGCCCGGCCGCUGAAGGGGGCCGCCACCUUCUUCUACAAGCGGGGAUCCCCGCAGGCCCCCCGCCACUAGCUCGGCAGGCGGGGGGGGGCUCCCGGAGCCGCCUCGGGUGCCACCUCUGAGCC